GAGGAGGUAGAGGGAGGGGGCAGAAGGAGGUUUGUUUGUUUCUUCAUGCCUGGAAAACAUGUGUGGCUGUCAGGGAUGAUGUGUUUUCAUGACACUCGAGCUGCCUCUCAGACACCAUCUUUUAUCAGGAAGAUGUUUGCAUGGAGAGACAGCCUCUUCAUAGAAACUCAGCUGAGCAUUUCUGUACAAACACUCAGAGGACUUGACUCUUUUCCCCCUCCCCCCCCCCCCCCCCCCUCCAAAGAACCUUUUGCCCAUAUUUCCGUAUUUUUAUUUUCUUCUGAAGGCUGAGAAAUGCCUCUGGAAUGCGCUUGCUUGCUCUCCUUUCGCAGGCCAGCACUCCCAGUGAUGUAUUAAUUAGCUGGAGCACUGCACACUAACAAGCAACUGCAGGCUGAUCUCGUUAAACAUUAAUGCGUAACUAGAAAAGCAAGAGCUGUUAGAGAUACGCCACUCAAUGUCAUCCGUGUCCAAAUGCAAAAAACGUCAGGGACUGAGCUACUGGUGCUUGUGUUUCCAGAGGGAGUGAGAAAGGCCAGGCAGAGCUGAUCCCUUUCACAGCCUCAACAGGAAACACCUCAACCACAGAUGGGUUUCCACAUUCCUAGGAUCUCCUUCAGCAUCGAUCCCCACUAUUUACCACCAAGCAGUCUCCUCUCACAGAGAUGGAUCUGCAAGCCUCCUUUUUACAGUCUUUUUUCCAUGUCUUGUUUCUAGUGGUUAGGCCUGAAAACUAGCACAGGUCUACCUCUUUAGCUGCUAUUUAACCAUAAGCAAAUGGUUUAAGCCAAAGUUUUCAAACAAGAAAGUUUCAAGUCACGCAGUUACACACCAGUGGAGCUAUCCAAAUUAGAGGUUGUCUCAAUUAUUAUGGACCUUGCUGGAUAUCUGAGGCAGCUCCAUUUGAAAAUAUUGACCUCAUCACAAUUUUGCUUCAGCUGACCCUUGGAGGAACUUGUUAGGAUGACUCUUUGAAUUAUGAGUCUUGGCUAUUACUGGAAAAAUAUCUCAUCUAGUACAUGAGAAAGCUUGAGAAUGUUUGUUUAUUCAUUAACUAUCUGGAGACAUCAAAUGUGGAAGGAGUAGGAACCUUCUGCCCUGGAAGGCCUGCUCCUACUUUGAUUCAAGCAUGUAUAGUCACAGACUGGCUUUGCGUGAGCAGUUGCUGAUAGCACUUGUAACCUUUAAUUUACAUGGGCAAAAAGGGAUUUUGUAUGUGUUGUCUUAAGAACUGUACAUGCAAAUCAACCACAGAGUUUUGCAUGAAGUUUUAUGCCUCGCGUUGCAAAGAGCUGCCUGGCAUGGCCAUCAUAUUAUGGGAUAUAUUUCAGGAUCUGCUGCAGACAAACCAGCCUUCUAACUUACUUUCUACCUCCACCUUCUCUCUAACAUAACGAUAUUAGACAAACCUGCCAGUACUUUUCCUUACCCUCUGAUUGUUUGCAUUAUGCAACCUGAUUGCAAUUGAUAAUUCAUUAAUCAUUUCCUAUCACAGUUAAUAUUUACCCUGCUUGCUACUGUGCAGCUGGAGUGAUGGGAGGGGCGGGAGCAGGGAGACGAAAGAGACAGUCAGAGAAGUACAGAACAUAUCAGAAAACCAAGUCUUCGGAACCAGCCUUUUUUUCUUUUUUUUUUCUUUUUUUUUCUUCUUCUUUUUUUUCUUUUCUCCCUCUAAUGUUUCCACAGUGCUGCCACCAGCAGUUCAUGAGGGCUUGUUUUCAUUUUCCAAAGCCUCAUGUUCCUUGGUUGUCAUUGUAGCAACUUCAGCUCUACAGAGAAGGGUUUUCCUGUGUUUUCUCUGGACCUGCAAGUGCUGCAUUUUGCUGCCUGGGGAAGUGAAAGUGAAAGGGUUACUGCUGCCCACUCGGGAUUUUGUUGCUGUUGGGGAUUUUUUUGUCUCCUUGUGUGAUGCUUCCUCAGUCUGCUUAAAAGCCACCUGGCUUGAUUUCCCCCCUAAUGGCACUGAGACUGGAACUGAAGCUGUCUUUGCUGCCUGGUCCCCCUCCUUCCCGUUCUUCAGACAUUAUGUCACCCUGCUCAGGGUGGCUUGCUGACUCCAGCCUUGUCCCCUGGGGACAGAAAACCAGGUUCCCUUCCCUGUGGCAGCAGUGCCCACAUUUAAGAAGCUGCAGUGCUGAGCUGUGACUGCAUUAGUUCUGCUACAUUAGAACAGAAGCAAAGAGCUUAAUUUAAUUCACUGGCCUGUAUGUUGACACCUGAGGUACACUAAUUCACUGCAAGUAUUCUCAGUGAAGCCAGGCUCUUUAGUGUUCAGAUCUUCCUUUUUCCCAAGAGCUGAAUCUUGCAAAGCGAACAUUCAUUUCAUAGGAGUGGAGAAAAAUACCUCCUUGCAAGGAUCACCAUAGGUCAGGAUGACUCACUUUUACCAGUGUCCACAAGGGAUGGAAGAUCACGUGCCUCUUUUUUUCUUUGAAAUACAUAAAUUGAUCUCCAUCCUCUCAUUUUAUGAUUAGCAGCAUCAGUAAAAAAGAAAGUUCAUUCGUAGUGACAUAUAAUUGGUCAUAAAAUAUUUAUCCACCACAAGCUGUGUUUGUACAUAGUUCAAGGGCUCUGAGCCUAUCAGAUGCUUCAGCCUGGUCUGUAUUAGCAAGUGCUAGGAUCAAGCCCUGUAGCAGCAUUUACUUUGCUGUAACUUCCAAGAACCAAACCUUGCCUAUGUUGUUUGUGCAUGAAGACCCAUUAGGCUAAAUUAAUCCCUAGGGUAUAUGUACAGACUUCAACAGAGUGUUAUCAGGGAUAAAUUAAGCUUAUUGAUUUUUAAUGAGUCUCUUACCUGAAUAAUGAAAAUAGAGUUUCUAUUCUGUUCCAUGCUAUUGUUUUUCUGUAUGUAAACAUCACCUGCUUGGCCCCUGAAUUUUUAAACCUGGAAAUUUUGCAUUUCUUGAAGGAUUAGAAAACAAACUCAUUUUUCUCCUUCAAAUUCCUUAUGGCAUCUACGUGAUCUAUUCAGUGUCAUUACACAGUGGGAUAUAGUUCCCAGAAUUUCCACAUCUCCAAGCAUCCAUUUUGGAAAAAAAAAAAAAAAAAAAAAGAUUGCCAGAAACAAAAUUUCAGGCUUCAUAUUUUAAAGCUGAUCUUCUCGUCAGGAGAGUAUCUACAUAUAAGGGGUUUUCCCAGUGAUAAUGUGUUUCUAGAGAAAUCAUUUUGAUGUGACUUCAUCUUCUGAACUGAUCUAGCUGAGAUAGUCUUUGCCUUGCAGUUCCAUGUCAAUAAUUUCUAUCACCAUCCCAUCCUCUGAACCCUCUGAUGGGUCUUUUGGAGUUUCGUGCAUCCCCAACAGGCGUGCCCAUGGACCAGCUGGUUGGUGGCAUGGCUUUUGAGGAAACGUUAGUGAGAAGCGAUGAAUUCUGUACUUUGCCCUGGAAGAGUGCGACACGGCUGAUCCCAGAAAUGGGAUCAUGCCAAGUAUGCAGAAAGAGUCAGAUGCACUGGAAGCAGCUUCUCUCUGUUGCAUCAGUGCUCCUGGUGAUCAUGGGAGGAGAGGGAAAGGCAAGCUUCUCUGUUUUGAGUGAAAGCCUUGAACAAGUCUCAAACAGCAACACUUUUGAGUUCUUCGUCUGCAUUUUUUAUAAAGAGCAAGGAUCACAUUUGCAAGAACCAGAUGAAGAAUUUGGGAAGAGAGUGUGGGUUCCCCGUGCAGAGUCCGGUGACAAAAUCCGUGAAUAAGGUUUAUGAUAGGCCACAGAAGCAUUCUACCUUGCACUAUGAUCCAGGCCUCCAACAAGACUUCACCGGUGAUACCUUAAAAUCAAAGCACCAGCAGAAAAGUAGCAACCAGCACCAUCUUGACUGGUCAGCAAGCUCCAAUACUGGAUCCACCUCUCAAAGUUGCUUCAUCAACACAGAACCCAAUAGAGAAGCUGUUAGUGCCACCAAGGUCACCCCUCCCGAGCCAGGAGUUUCCUUUAGUAAAUCCCAAGCAAAGAAGUCCUGUGCCAGCAGCACAUGGGGGCAGCUGUCUGUCAGCAGCAAAGAGCUUGCCAUCUGCAGUGCAGUCCCAUCACCCAACAACAUUGGUGUGGCUGCUCAGCCAAGCAGUGCCUCCGAGUGCAACGGGCUGUUGCCUAUUGGUGAUCAAGACGGAGGUGUGCAGCUGGAAGCUCCUGAUCAGUCUGCUGGGAGUACAAAGAAGAAGUCCAGCAAAAAGGACUUGAUAUGUCAAACCAUCCAAACUGCUGACAUUGAGUGGGUGAAGAGCACUCAGAAAGCAUUUGACAGCAAAUGCCAUGACAGCAUGGAAGGAAAAAAAGAAUCUUAUUCGAUGGACAGUGUGUUGGAUGCGUCACCAUCGAAACAGAAUCCCGCUUCUGCUAGCACCUGUGAAAAUGACACUAGCCACGUACGAAUUACUAUCCCUAUAAAGUCUCCAACAACAGAUACAUCCAGCCACAAAAGGAAAAAAAGGCAAUCUACAAAAUCUUCAAUGGAGAAAGUUAUCCAAGAGAAAAGUCUGCCUUCUGGGCUUGCUAUGAGCGGUGAAGUAGCAAAUAGGACUAUCUCUCAGUCAGAAGGGAGUAAAAAAGAUAUUCGAGUCACAAAGCCAGGGAAAGUGAUUGAAAAUGAGUCCCCCUUAGCAGCUAUUGACAGCAGUGUGCUUAUUGACAGAGCUUCCCCCAACAGCGCCACCAGACUCAGAAAAUCUGUAGCUGUGACAUCUACUCUCCUAUCCACUGAUCUCCCCACAGCUAGCAAGCUGUCUGAGGUCCAGCACCCCAAACUUACAGCUAAACGGCGAUGGACCUGCAGCAAACCUAAAUCUAUCCUUCGGGAGACCUCCAUGACAACAUCUGAGAAGAUGAUGGUGGAACCUCCUUCAGCCUAUCCUAUCACGCCAUCCAGCCCUCUGUAUACCAAUACAGACAGUCUUACUGUGAUCACACCUGUCAAGAAAAAAAGAGGACGACCAAAGAAACAGCCUUUGCUCACUGUUGAAACCAUUCAUGAGGGAACAUCCACUAGCCCAGUGAGUCCAAUCAAUCGUGAAUUUCCAGGAACAAAGAAAAGAAAGAGGAGACGCAAUCUGGCCAAGUUGGCCCAGAUGGUCCCAGGAGAGGACAAGUCCAUCAGUGAUCUCAAGUUUCACAAAAAGGUUGGAAAGCUCGGGGUCUUGGAUAAGAAGACUAUCAAAACCAUUAAUAAGAUGAAGACCCUCAAAAGGAAGAAUAUUCUCAAUCAGAUUUUGUCCUCCUGCUCUAGCAACAUAGCUCUGAAAACAAAAAUUCAGCCGCCAUCUAGUGCUGGGCCAACAACCAUUGAUGCCAGACUAGGGAAGCAGAUCAAUGUCAGCAAGAGGGGGACUAUCUACAUUGGUAAAAAACGGGGCAGGAAGCCAAGAGCAGAGCUGCAGCCUCAACCAGAAGAACCUAAGACAGCCAUGAAGCACUCAAGGCCUGUUUCCAGCCAGCCAGAAAACCCAGCAGUGCCUUCCAACCUGCAGUCACUUGUGGCAUCUUCACCAGCAGCUAUUCAUCCGCUUUCGACACAGUUAGUGGGGACUAAUGGCAACCUUAGCCCUGCAAGCACUGAAACAAAUUUUUCAGAGUUAAAAACUAUGCCAAAUCUUCAACCUAUCAGUGCUCUUCCUACAAAAACUCAGAAAGGAAUGCACAGUGGAACUUGGAAGCUGUCUCCACCCAGGUUAAUGGCUAAUUCACCUUCCCACCUCUGUGAAAUAGGUUCUCUAAAAGAAGUUACACUGUCACCAGUGAGUGAGUCUCACAGUGAGGAAACCAUUCCAAGCGACAGUGGGAUAGGUACAGACAACAACAGUACUUCUGACCAAGCUGAGAAAAGCUCAGAAUCCCGCCGGAGAUACUCCUUUGAUUUCUGCACCCUGGACAAUCCAGAGGCUAUCCCAUCUGACACCAGCACAAAAAACAGGCAUGGUCACCGGCAGAAACAUCUCAUUGUGGAUAACUUUCUCUCUCAUGAGAGCAUGAAAAAGCCAAAGCACAAGAGGAAAAGGAAAAGCUUGCAAAACAGAGAUGAUCUCCAGUUUCUGGCAGACCUUGAGGAACUCAUCAAUAAAUUUCAAGUGUUCAGGAUUUCGCAUCGUAGUUACACAUUUUAUCAUGAAAAUCCAUAUCCCAGCAUCUUCAGGAUUAAUUUUGAUCACUAUUACCCUGUGCCAUAUAUCCAGUAUGACCCAUUGCUCUAUCUUCGCAGGACCUCUGAUAUGAAGUCUAAGAAGAAGCGUGGUAGACCUGCCAAAACCAAUGACACCAUGACAAAGGUGCCUUUUUUACAAGGGUUCGGUUACCCUAUUCCCAGUGGGAGUUACUAUGCACCCUAUGGAAUGCCUUACACAUCAAUGCCUAUGAUGAAUCUUGGUUACUAUGGUCAGUAUCCAGCUCCUUUGUACCUGUCUCACACGCUCGGAGCGGCUUCCCCAUUUAUGAGACCUACCGUGCCCCCACCCCAAUUCCAUGCAAGCUCUCAUAUGAAGAUGUCCACCACUGCCAAGCAUAAAGCAAAACAUGGAGUGCACCUACAAACACCUGUGGGAAUGGGCCUUGGAGACAUGCAGUCCUCUUUGGCUCCUCCAAAGGUUGGAGGAACAAGCCUUUCAAGUGGCCGACUUCACAAAAGGAAACACAAACAUAAGCACAAGCAUAAGGAUGAGAGAAUACUGGGGACACAUGAAGAUCUGAGUGGUCUCUUUGCUAGCAAGUCCACUGGCUUCUCCAGUCACUCUAUCAAUGAAAGGCUAAGUGGCUCAGAUAAAGAUCUCUCCUUGCUCAAUGAGAAAAGCAAGCAUAAGGAGAAACAGAAGCACCAGCAUUGUGAAACUGGACACAAAGGCUCAAAGAGCAACUUUGAAGUGGAUACACUGUCUACCUUAUCACUUUCUGAUGCCCAGCAGUGGACACAGAGUAAAGAUAAAAGUGAUUCAAGUAAUGAUCCCAUUGACUCUUGCACAAAGAGAUACUCUGGUAAUACUGAGAGUAAUGCAAGGUCAGAGUCCCUGGACAUGUUUGGUGAAAUGAAUUCCUCGAGUGAGAAACGGGAUAACGAUGGAAGUGGGAAUAAAAGAAGAAGCUUCGAAGGGUUUGGAACUUACAGAGAGAAGGACAUUCAGCCCUUCAGGAUAAAUAGAAAGGAUAGAAGUACUUAUGAUUCUUCUGCCUCAUCUGGAAUUGUAGGCCCCCACUUAAAAGCAGACCAGACUUCACUUCACAGUAAAAUGGAAAGUUCUGCCUGUAACAUGAUGACCAGAAGGAAACCAGCAACUGUAGAGAGUGUUACAAUGCCGACUCCAGUAUUAUCUCUCCUACCUUCAUCAUCAGCAACAUCUGAAGCAGCCAGUCCACCGCUGAAAAAAAGGUUCAAGCGCCGUGAAAUUGAAGCAAUCCAGUGUGAGGUGCGCAAGAUGUGUAACUACACCAAGAUCCUGUCCACAAAGAAGAACCUGGAUCAUGUAAACAAGAUCUUGAAAGCCAAGCGGCUGCAGAGACAAUCAAAAACAGGCAAUAACUUUGUCAAGAAGCGGAGGGGCCGUCCACGUAAGCAACCUCUCUCCUUUGAUGAAGAUUCCAGAGACCAAAUGCCCGUUCUGGAGAAAUGCAUUGACCUUCCCAGCAAAAGAGGUCAGAAGCCAACACUGAAUCCAUUGCUGUUGGAGCAAGCAGCCACUCAAGACACAAUCAUGGCCACCAUUGAGGCUGUCAUACACAUGGCUCGAGAAACACCACCGCCACCUCCUCCUCUUCCUCCUCCGCCACCGCCGCCCCCUCUCCCUCUGCCCCGAACACCCAGGCUUGGGAAAAGGAAGAGCAAGUCACCACAAGAGGAGGAGGAUGACAUGAAAGUGAAGCGGCACCGGAAAGGCAGAGGAAGUGAAAGUGAAGGCCUUCCCUAAGGCCAGCACACCCUGUUGGACAUCUAGUGCUGAUAGCAGGGUAUGUCAGGACUGACAGACUGGAGGAAUACAGUCUGCUUUGCCCCCAAGGCAGCACUGGACUUGUCACUUGGGUGGCCAAAACUUAUUAUGGAGAGAUGGGGAUCACAUCUUCCUCUUCAUCGCUUCGGUCCCAGUCCCCCGGGAAAGAGGGGGAAAGGGUGAAGAGAUGGAAAGGUGGGGAUAAGGGGGGUGGGGGGAUUUCUAAGUUGGGGAUAUUGUCUACUUUGCAGUUUCCAAAACUAAUCAACAUCUCAGCAUUGCUGUGCUCACACCGUACCUGGAGGCGGGAGGUCAUCCUCGCAGAGAGCUGAGCAUUGUUGCUAGGGCUGCAUGCUCAACUCAGAUUCUGUUUGGUGGGCCAGGUGAAACUAAGAGUAACCAUACCAUAGUAGAAAUCACUGUUAAAAAAAGAAAAAGAAAAAGAAAAAAAAAAAAGGAAAAAAAAAGAAAGAAAAAAAGAAAUAAAAAGGAAAAAAAAAGAAAAAAGCAAGAAAAAAAUAGCGUAAUUUUCUCAACUGUGAUCUUGGUUAUAAUAUGUUUGAAUUUUUUUUUUUUUUUCAGUUUUAUAUACCUACCAGGUUUUGGGGCAACAUAACCCAAAAUGCCUGACUCCUGCUAGAACUAUAUAUAUUUUUUUUCUCAUUUACUUGCCUAGUUACAACUAGCUGCAAUAUAGGCAAUAGAAAAGUAGAGCCUUACACACGCACACACUCAUUCCGAGUGCUAUCCCAAGGAACAACAGAAUAUCACAGCAUUUCUAAUAAGGCGUACAAGGAUAUUCAGUUAUGAUAGCACAUUUCUAUGAAGCAACUUGGCAUUUCCAAUGGCAUGUGAAAAAGGGGUCAUCCAUCAACCAAGUUGUUUUGAUGCUCGGUACAUAUGAGUAAAGAACAGCAAGACACUUCUGGGGAAUAGAGUUAUAGUAAACACGGACAAAAUCACCAAAAAAAAUAAAAAUAAAAAUAAAAAUAAAAAAGAGAAAAAAGAGAAAAGAAAAAAGUAGAACAGAAAAAAUAGAGUAAAAAACAGGGCCCAAAAGUUCCAGUUUUUACCACCUGAAGUUCCCAGGGAAAAUGAUGGGAAAUCCAGGCUCCAAAUUAUUUGCAUUGGGUAGCAAUGCCUUGAUAUGUACUUUUAAAGAAAAUAGAUAAAGUAGAUUGUUUUAAAAAAUAGAGAACAAAACCCUAUGGAAAAUAGAUUAUUUCUUGGCAAUUAUUUCUUAAAAAAGAAAAGGAAUAAGUGUUCUUACCUGAAAAUAAAAAUAAGAGUGUUCAAAGGGUAUCACCACUGCAAUUGUAUUAAUGCCACUUUGGACAUGUUCUCCAAGUUGUGGUUGCCUUAAUAAACUAAAAAAAAAAAUUUUUUUUUGUACAUAAUGUAAUUAUAAAGCUCUCAGUCUGCAUGGAUGCAAACUGUGUGUGACAAAUCGUCUCUUUAAAUGGUCAGUUCAAAUUGUACAUUUCUCAUUCGAGUUGUACGUUAACCAUUGAUCUAACUUGGGUAAAAUACCUAAGCUCCAUUUCCACAGCCCAAUUAAAAUGUUUAACUCAAACAAAGACUGAACGUGAAGCUGUUCCAUUGCAGUAAAAAUAGUUUUGUUUUGUUUUGUUUUGAUUUUUUAAGGAAAAAAAAAAAAGCAUUCAGUUGUUAAAAUUUGAAAUAUGUACUUUCAAUUUAUUUUAUUUCUUUUUAAAGUCCUUCAGUACACCCAACACCUGGCAUGGCAAGAUGGAUAAUAAAAUGGGAGGGGGGAGGGAAAAUUCCAGCAAGGGAGUGGGGAGUGGAAUUAUUUAAUGAUUCACAAGCCAACUGUUAUUCACUUUUUUGAGAAAUCCUUAAUUGGCAUAUUGCCAAGAAAACUUCAAAUAGCACGACA